CGGGCGGGGAGCGAGGCGCGCGCCAUGGAACAGCGGUUAGCCGAGUUCCGGGCGGCCAGGAAACGGGCCGGGCUGGCGGCCGAACCUAGCACUUCAUGCGCGAGAGCACAAACCUCAGGAGAGAAGGCGGAAGCAGCUACGACUCCAAAGGCAGCCCCAGGCUGGCUAAAACGGUUCCUGGCGUGGAAACCGAGGCCUGCGAGUAUCCAGGUUCAGCCCUGCCUCGCUCAGGAAGUGGCUCGGCCUGGGACCAGCACAUCACAGCCAGCACAGAAUACAACCAUUCCUCUGCCAGCACCCCGGGACCAGUCUUUCCUGACCAAUGUCACCUUCCUGAAGGUUCUUCUCUGGUUGGUCCUGCUGGGACUGUUUGUGGAACUGGAAUUUGGCCUGGCCUAUUUUGUCCUGUCCUUGUUCUACUGGAUGUAUGUCGGGACACGAGGCCCUGAAGAGAAGAGAGAGGGAGAGAAGAGUGCCUACUCUGUAUUCAACCCAGGCUGCGAAGCCAUCCAGGGCACCCUGACUGCAGAGCAGUUUGAACGCGAGUUACAGUUCAGACCCCUGGAGGGGAGAUAGGUCCAACUCUCUUGCUGGGCAGCUGGCUUCCCACGUGGUCCUCCUCACCCUUGGACGUGGGCUUGUGGGUUUGAUUUCAGGUGCCCAAGACUAAGGACAGCUUGCAGGUUAGUUCUGUGACUGUGAAGUUCUGCAUUCUUUCCCAGAUCUUUUACUGCAGUUUGAUCUCUCAGCUUUUCUUUGGUUUUGGUGAAACCCUCUGAAAGACACUCACUGUGGAUCUGAUGCAAUUUAUAAAACUUAUGUACUCAGGAAA